AUGAUAUAAAGUGAAUAUCAUCCUUCUAAUAUCACUGUACAAUAAAAACCUGAAUCUAUUCUAUUUUAACAAAAAAAAGUUGUUGAGUUCUUAAAGGAAAUAAAAAGUGAAAAAUGA